AUUAAUGGUUUGAUUCUUGGUGAUUGUUUUUUCAGUCUUUUUUACAUUAUUAUAAAAAUUAAAAUUAACCACAGGCAAGUAAAUGCCCCAGUGGGUCAACUGCACCAGGUAACAUUUACCCAAGGAAACACAUAUCUGUAUGAACAAAAAUAAUCAAAUAUAUGCUCUCGCUUUGACUGCAUAAUGGGCUAUACUCUGUUGGAGAAUUAGAGAAUAACAAAAAGAACAACAAAAAUAAAUGGUAUCCAUAUUACAGUAUGUUAAAAACCAUUUGCUUACCUGGUUUCGUGAAUGCGAUGUCCCUGUCAAUCAUAAAAUGGUCUUCUUGUGAAUGACUAGCCUGCGUAGCAAGCGUUUCUGUGGGGUUUGGGAGCAAAGACUUACAGCACAAAAAAUGGAGCGAGUAAAAGAGGGGGAGGGGGAGGGGAAGGAAGGAAGGAAAUGCUUAUAGACAAACCCCUGGAUUUUGAAAACUGCCCACUUGGCCUUUCAUGUCAGAGUGUGCACACUGAGAUUUCGUGCUGUCAUCGGCUGUCAUAAAUUAAGCAAUAAAAUCUUUGGCCUUCCGUAACGGAAGAGAACUUUGAACCAAAAUAAACUUUAACUUGUCAAAAUAUAUCUGAAACAAAGAGCACACGGUGGGAAAGGAGAAAUCUCGAUGAAUUAUAAUUAAAUUUGGUAAUUUAUAAUCAAGCUAUAUUUCUACUCAAUCCAUCUAAAAGGAAGGACUGCAAGGAUGAAGUUUUAGCACAAAUCUGCCAGAAAGUUAAAAUGCGAGAAGUAUUCAAGUUGCAUUAGUAAUCCUUGUUCUUGCAAGAUUUGAAAUCUUGGAUCACUGUAUUCAUUCGUCCAGGAAUCGAUACAAGGUAAAAUUAGCAAGUCAACUCCUACAAAGGCAACUCCAGUAAAGAAGUGUUUGCUGGAAACGCCAGAUCCACAAAUCAGUUUGAGUGUUAUCGCCUGUAGCAAAAACAAACAACGAAAAGUCUUCUUGGAAAACUUUGGAAUUUGGGCAGGAGAGGCUUCAAACAUCUGAGAGGGAAAAUAAAGAUAAUCUUCCCCUAGGCGGCCUUGAAGUCAAAGUUGUUUAUAAAAUGUCCUCAUAAGAAUUCCCCGUGACGAGACGACUAAAUUUUUGGUAAGGCAAAUAUGUGACAAAAACUGGCAUGCCGCAGCUAACACUAUAACAAAUCAUUCAGAAUUGUAUCCAGAGGUUCUAAAUACUGUAAACAAAAAUGCUUCUAAUGAAAUGUCAGAGUACCUAUGACAACAUGUUGGUAUGUAACAAGCCAAACAAAAUCACUAGGUGUUCCCACGCAGUAGUGCAAAUUUUCUGUCCCGUGGUUUAUUAUCUCGUGCUUGGUGCGUGUGGCAUUCAAGAAAGUGAUGUUAAAAUUAAAGGAACAGCUGCAAAUUGUGUCACACUUGCUUUUGCAAUAAUGUGCAGGCUUCGAAAAACCAACGCGUUGGCAUUGCACUACAGGAUUUCUACCAUAUGACUAAAUCCUCGCUCAGCAAGAAGCCUUGCCAAAGUUACAAUGCGUAGCUCCAUAUUUCCCCACCACCUCCAUGGAAGAGAUUUUUCCCAACACUGAUACGCUUCUCAAGAAAUUGCAUUUAAUUUUUGAAAUUGUUCUUGUGAUGCAAUUUCAGAUGCCUACUGCAGAUUCCAGUAAAAAAAUUGUUUUUUCUCCCUUUUCCCCCAAAAGACCUCCUCAGAGGUGAUAUUCCCCCAUCAGGACUAUUUAAAGUACUAUAUGAAAAUCUUUAUCAAAUCAUUGCUCAAAAUUUGUGUGAUUCUGUUAAGAAUUAGAAUUACCAUUUUUGGGAUUUUGCCCUUGGCAGCUGCGAGUUGGUUUUCGGCAAUUAAAACACAUUUUCGUAACAUGGAAUUCCUAUAAAGUACAACAAACAAAUGUUAGUGAAAAGCAGUAUAGACUAAAAAACAUAAUUAUGAAAUUUUCCAAGUGCCAAUUAGUAUGCACACAGGUGUAACUGGUGUUGUUUACAAAUCAUACGGUGACAGCAAAGCCCGAUACUGGCAUUUCAUUGUGACAAACUCCAUCUUAGACUGUAAAAAUAGCUAUAAUAUAAUCGUUAUUUUGCAUUCUUUUGCCUUAUUCUUUUACCACCAAUUCCGUAUCCCUGAAAUGGAGCUCUCUUUUUCCUUCAUGGUUCUACUGCAUUCCAAGCUGAUAAUUAAACAUAUUGAGUGAAAUAUGUUAACCAGGCUCAAUGUAAAGUAUUUUUUUGGUUGCAUUUGUUGAAAUCUAAAAAUUAUGAUACACACUUAAAUUGUUGUGGAAACAAAACACUUACAGGCCUCCCAACUGUUGCCUGCAAUAAUCAGAGACACCAAUUAAAACAAGUUAAUUGUAUGAAUUUGAAGAGUUCUUCUGUUGGAACCCAUAACAUGGCAGACUACACGGUGGCUCGUUGCUAGGCAUUUUCCUCCCAUAGCGUCCUUUUGGUCACGUGACCAAGCGGCCCUCCGAGGGCGUCGUUUGUUUGUGCUCAAAAUAAUGUUGCUUUCAAUAGCCGCUUGUUGUUGGUAAUGACAGCCAAUAUGAUUAUAUUUAGCCAUCAUAUAAUAGCCCAACCUACCAACUACCGAUUUUUAAUAGUUCCGAUCGCAUAUGUUUCUGCUAGAGACGGAUUAUGACAUUUGUUUAAGGCCCACUCUAAGGCACAUUUCUGGGUUAAAAAUUGAGUAGGACUGAACCAAACCGUCUUUUUCUAGGGUAGGGACAGUCUUUCCAUAUUAGCGCUUCUUUUCAAUUUCAGGAUCCCCCCAUAGGAUUGUUUGGGAGAGCGAAAAACUAAAUCAUGAUGUUAUGAUAGAGUGUUUCGUGGAGGAAAUUGCGAAUUUCUUUAUAUUUCCUUUUUGUAACCUCCCUAAUAUGAAAUAAAAAAGCUUUAUCGAUGUCUUUUGUCUUUAUUUAUUCUUGCUUUGGGAGCAGAAAGCUAUAAAUUUGUUCAUCUUAAACCCAGAGUUUAUUGGAUACUCAAAGCUUCUUGUUGGCCGCCAUAUUGGAUUCAUCACUGGCAUCGACCUUUCAUACAGCACAGCAAUAAAAGGACCUUUUACUGGUGAUUUUCGAUAUGGAACACAAUCUCUCAGGCGUUGAAGAGAAAGAGAGGUAAAGAAAAUAGUUUUGAGCACGGCUUUGACAGAAUACCUGUCUUUACUUGGAGGCCAUCUUUGAUUUCAGAAAGACUCAUGAAUAAAAACGAAUUUCUUUCUUGUUGUAGUCGAAAGCAGUCGUGUGGAAAAAGCAAAAAGUGCAGCAAGCCCAAUGCUCACCAUGGAUGCUGUGAUUCAAAGAGAGUUUUUCAUGAGUUUUGGAAAAGUUCAACUUCGCAUGUAGCUUUGAAAAGGAAGGGUCAAUUAAAUGAAGAAAACAGGAAAAUAGAAGAACUUCACACCAAAAGGCUCGUCUGGAUGAAGUUGGUAAAUAUCACAGAGUGUUUUAAAAGGCCUUAAGUUUCUCCUUUUUAAUAUAUUAAAAUCAGGACUGAUAUUUAUAUAAAUUUAAUAAUUUAUUUCAUCUUGCAAAUAACUUCUGAAUAUUUGACUUUGUUUUCACAGACAAACAAGUGCAAAGCUCAGUAGCUCAAAAGGAUGUGGCUUGAAAGAAGUGUAGAAGAAAAGACACUCCAAGUUCAACAGCAAGAGGAGAAAGUCAAGGAAUUAAAUGAGCAAUACAACAAAUUUAAAUCUUUACUUGAGCAGAAAGGGUUUUCUGUCAGUAGGAGACAAAAUACUACUACUACUUAUGAGAUGGUUACAAAUGUCAAUUCUAGUACUAGAUAUAGAAGAAGACAUGAAACCAAAAAUGUCUUAGAAUUUAUACAUGGGGGAAAAGAAGGAUCACUCCAUGGGGCUUGGGAUUAUGUGUCAUCUACUGCUGACAAUCAAACCAUGGAUAAGCUGAUUUCAGGGCUCAAACAGGGAAAAUAUAUCCAAGGCUUGUUUGACAAGACAAUGAAGCACUAUCAAAAUUCAGAAGAGGCUUUGAAGCAAGCUGUGCUUAUGAAGUACCAAAACUUUUUGUCUAGAAGAAAGUAUGCCCUUGUCUGUAAAACUCAGUCCUCAGUUUUUGAUCCCAAUUCUGAACUCUGGGUGCCUCGCAACAUGAAAUGUUUAGGUCUGGACUUAAGGGUUCCAUGUAUAACUAUUUCUGAUAAGCGGGUGGAAAAUUUUGUGAAGAGUCUUGACAUUGGCCAUGUCAAUCAAAUCCCCAAUGCAUCAGGUGUUUCUAGAACAAUAACUGGGUUGGUAUUUAUGGUAAUUGAUUUGCACUUGAGACUUCCUCAUUUGUCACGUAAACUCACUUGGUUCAAUGAGAACACAAAUCAUUUUAUAUUUCAAUUUUCUGAUGAUGGGGCUCCUGAGUCCAGCCAACUAACUAUGUCAAUAGGAAGUCUGACAUGUUGGAACUUUGGGGAUAGGGUAAGAAGUAGGGAUUUCCAAUAUAUUUUACACUGUGUCAGUUUGGGGGAAAAACAUGAGGUGCUUGAAAGUAUUUGGAAGCAACAUACUGAUGAAAUGGAAAUGUUAGACGGUAAUGUUUUUAAUGUUUGUGACAGGCAAUGUACUUUAGAGUUUCAGCCAAGUGCUGAUAUGAGCCGGCAGAGCUGGGCUAAUAAUGAAUUAAAUCAAGCUGCUACUUAUCCUUCUCCUUAUGCUAAUGUUAGCAAAGGAAACAUGUGUACCAUGGGUGCUACAAUUGGGUUGAGGGAAGAAGAUUUAUUUAAGCCAUUUACUCUAGAAAUCAGGAAAUCUCAUGUUAACAAGGUUGACAAUUUCAUGAAUUCAUUGCCGUCUAAUUUGUCUGAGAAGAAUCGCCAUGCCAGAAAACUAAAGUUUAUGGCAGAAAGUGGGAUACGGCAGUUAGGUCCACCCNCUAGAGGUAUAGAAAUUGUCAGCAUAAAGAUGAUGGUUUGUAUGGUGUAG